UCACCGGAACAUUGUCUCCCGUGCGAAAGGUCGCCCGGGAACGCCGUUUCGCCCGCCGUCUUUCUUUUCUCCAGCUAACUUCGUCGCUCGCCGUCGUUGUUUCUGUGUCAACUUCCAUACCUAUCGCCCAACAUGACUUCGUUCCGCCUUCCGUUCGUUCUGGCAUACGAUGACCAGCAAUGAUCGACAUUCCAGCCACGACUCCCCGUACCGGACAGGGCGCCACGUUCCGCUGAACGCGCGGGCCGGCCUGACGUCCAUCGCGACGGCCGGCGAGUCUCGUGCCGACAUCACGUCCCCCUACCACGACGAAUCAAGUCGCCAGUCGACCUCCGCGCUCGAUCCCGUCGGCGGCCGUGUUUCGUCUCCGGGGCCCUAUUCGCCCGGCCUGAGAUCGCAAGCUGCGCGCCAAGCGAGUGCAGACGAUGGCUUCGAGAUGCAGAGCCCCACGGGCGAGAUACCGAUGCAGUCCUUCCGCGAUGGCAUGCCGCCGCCCCCACCAGUCGCCAGUUCGUGGAGCAAGAUUGAUAAGUGGGCCGAGGAACACUACCCGGAACUGUUCGACCAGCUGUGCGAAGGAUGCACCAUCAACGACCUCAAUGAGCUCGAGUACCAGCUCGAUUGCUCGCUUCCCCAGGAUGUCCGGGAAUCGCUCCAGAUCCACGACGGCCAAGAGCGCGGCGGAAACCCCACGGGCAUCAUCUUCAGCGGCAUGCUUCUGGACUGCGAGGAGAUCGUGCAAGAGUGGGAGAAUUGGCGCAAGGUCAACCGCGAGUUCCUGUCCGAACCGCCUUUCCCCCAGAUGACGGUCCCUUCCAAGGCCGCGGGCGCCGGCAGCAGCAGCCAGGCGUCUACGUCAGCAGCGGCUUCGUCCAGCUCGGCCCCGACAUCGCCCCGCCCGAAUUGGCGACAGGAGUUGCUGGCCCGCCAGGACUCCGUCCCCCCGAAUGCCAUCCAGAAGGCGUACGCGCACCCGGCCUGGAUCCCCCUCGUGCGCGACUGGGGUGGUAACAAUCUGGCCGUCGAUCUUGCGCCUGGGCCCAAGGGCCAUUGGGGUCAGGUGAUCCUGUUUGGCCGCGAUUACGACACCAAGUACGUGAUCGCGCGGUCGUGGGCGCAUUUCCUGGCAAUUGUCGCGGACGAUCUGAAGAGCGGGAGAUGGUUCGUCGACGAGGACACGGGCGAGCUCAAGCUGCGCGAGUUCAAGCAGACCCGUGUCGAGCCCAGCUACUUCGACAUCCUGCGGUGGCGGACGGACCAACGGUACGGGCGCACGGCUAGCAAGCGCAAGUCGAUGGCCCCCGGAGCCGCUUCGCCGAGCGCGCCGAACUCGCCCUAUGCCCACCCGUCGACAGAACCCAACGGCGAUCACCGAGGCCGGUCGUUGCAGCGUCCCGGCAUCAUUUCGCCCAUCCCUAGUCCCAUCCGGCCCGGCUAUGGCAAGCCGAGCCCACUAGCACGCGUGGCGGAGGAGUCGGGGGCUGGGAGCCCCACCUCGGGAAGCGCGGCCGAGAAGCUGGUCGAGGUCGACACUCCGAGGCAGAGCAACGAAGAGGCCAAGGGAGCCGCACCCAGACUAGCAGCUCUGGCCAACGGCGACGCCGCUUCCGACGAAAAGACGGAUAAGCCGGAAACAGCUCAACCGAACGGUUCGCCGGUGGCAGCCGAGAAGAAACCUGCCGCCGCGGAAUCCGGGAUCGAAGAGCCGAUGAAGACGAUCGAGAUCUGAGUUGAUCGAUUGACGUGGCGCGCGGCGAUUUGGGUGAGGCAAAGAGGCAAAGCGUGACGCCACGACCGAAGUGAUGAGCCAGCUGAAAGCGAGCACUGCGAGCAAGCAGCACGUGGAACUAACUGCCUACGACGGACCUUUUACACUACAU